UGUUUUUGUUUUGCUCGCUGUUGUUGACGUUGUCUUUUUCGAGACGGCGGCCGGGACUUUUGGCUACACGGAAUUUAAUUUAUUUGGUUUUUUAUUCUGGCAAAUUGUAGAAUGAAAUUUUACGUUUAUAUAUUGCUGCUGUGCGGUUUCUGUUUGGGCUCCCUAGCAUGGGAUUCUGAAGAAUUGGAAAUAUUCGACUUGGUUGAAGAAAUCAAUCAGAACUUUUACGAAUUUAUGAACAUUUCACACGAGGCGACAAACAAUGAAAUUAAACGCGCGUUUCGAGGCCUCUCUAUUGUCCUACAUCCAGACAAGAAUCCAUCUGAAGAUGCCAAUAUACAAUUUCGCAAUUUGGUAUCGAUAUACGAAGUUUUAAGAGAAACAUCUAAACGUGAAAAGUACAAUAAAGUCUUGAGAGAAGGCUUGCCAAACUGGAAGUCUGCGUUAUAUUAUUACAGGCGUAUGCGAAAGAUUGGCUUGUACGAAGGAGCAGGAAUACUUUUUGUCAUAAUUUCUAUUGGUCAAUAUUUAUUUGCUUGGGCUGCUUAUCUGGAGAAGAAAUACACUGCGGAGCAAGUAUUCGGUUCCAAAUUGAAAAAGUUGCAGAAAAAGAACAAAAGUAUUGAUAUGGAUGUCAUUCUAAAAGAAAUACCCUCACCUUCGAUCCUGAAUACAUUGCCUUUCCAAAUUCCGCUUUUUAUUUGGCACUUACCAAGCGCCAUAAAAGAAGCACUCAAUAGAGCAAAUGAGCUUAAAGAAAUGGCAAUGGAAAAACGAAGACUCGAACUCGAAGAAGUCCAACGCCAAGAGGACCUCGAGCGCGAACUCGAAGAACAGGCGCGUUUACGAAAAGAAAAGAAAGAGAAUCUACGUAAACGACGUCAAAACACCACUGCCCCUGAGAAAACUGACGAAGAAUUACGAGGCUAUUCUCAGAUACAGGCACGGGAAUUGACCGAAGAUGAUGCUGUGAAACCUGUACAACAAAAAACAGCGCUUAGUGGCGGCUUCUGGACUGAUGAAGAUCUCACCGAACUUAUACGCUUAGUCAAGAAAUACCCUGGGGGUUCUAGUGCACGUUGGAAUAUCAUCGCCGAAACAAUGAAUCGGUCAGUGCAAGAAGUUACUUUCAUGGCAGCGAAAAUGAAGGAAAAUGGAUACCGUCUUCCGGGCCAAAGUGCCGAACAAAGCUCUGAAUUCACGACACAGGAAGUGAUUAAAAAGGAAAAGGUAAAGAAAUCUGCGGCGGCUGAUAAGAAUAUACUGGUGCCGGAGACAAAUUGGUCUCAGGAACAACAACGUGCGCUGGAAUCAGCUAUUAUUAAGAAUCGUAAGAAUGCGACCGGCGAUCGUUGGCAAAAAAUUGCCAACUGUGUGCCUGAAAAAUCUAAGGAAGAGUGUUUAUUGCGCUACAAAUAUUUAUGCGAAUUAGUCAAAUCGCAAAAGAAAAGUGAAGAGGAAGCCGCCACCGACAAUCAAGAGGAAAACUGUGAUCAGGUGGAGACUAUCGAAGAGGAACUGCCAACGUCAAUAAACGUAGCUGAAGAUAAUAUCGUUGAAGAUGAGUCUGUAGACAAGGUUGGGAAAAAACGCAAUAAGCGAAAAGAACGCCGGCGAAGACGUGAUAUGUCAAGCGACGAGGAUUCAGAUGAUGCUUAUCAGUACGAAAUUAACUAAUGGCGGGGGUAACUAAUUUUACCUAUUUUUUAUUUUUUUUUACAUACAUAUGUAGAUUGCGUUGUUUUUCCUUACACACUUCUUUUUAAUUGAAAAUCAAUUAAAAUGUAGUUAUUCACACAUAAAUAUGUAUAUUGGAUAGCAGGCGCUUUAGGUUGCCGUAAGCUCGUGUGAAGCGAUCAUUAUGCCAUUAUGCCAGAGCUAAAAUAAUAAAAACUACUAAUUUAAAUACAUAUAGAAAAUAGGCGCGCAUA